GUGGUACGCGGUAUGGUAAGGGUAAACAACGUACGCAUUAUUCAGUUCGAAGCCGAUCCGUGACUGAACCCGAUUGAAUGACAGAUUUCAAGGAAUUGAUUGAUAUUGUUGUUUGAGUCGUACUCGAGUGCUGAGGUCACCCUCCCAGCAUGAAACCUGACAGGUAUCUGCUUCAUCUAUGAGUCUUCACAGGUCAAAGGUCAACCAGCCACAGUGACCCUGUGACCUCUAACCCAGUAUGAGGCUGGAACUAAAGGUCACUCACACUCCCAACUCCAAGUCCAAGAGGCCAUGGGAGAGAUGGACAUGGUUGGGGUCCAAGACUGGAUCUGUGCUGCUCUUGGCCCAGGACCGAAUCAAGGUACUCUAUCUCCAGGAGAAGGGGAGCAGCUUUAAGAAGAAAGUGACAAAGCUGAGCAGCCUCCAGAACAGUGCCCUUGUCACCAGUAUAACUAGAGAUGGACAAUAUCUUUUGGGUACCUUGAGUCUGGAGACAUCUUCAUAUGGAACAAGGAUCAAGAUACAUUGAGAACAGUGAAGGGCCAUCCCAGCAUUGGAGCACCGACACAGCAAGGCUCAGGGCACAGAACUGAAAGCAUCCAGCUCUUUGCUUCAAACGACCUGCGUAACAUCCUCCUCGUCAAAGGCCACAGGUCCAUCUAUCUCUGGGAAAUUGACCAACCAGAAUCGGCCUUGCGAUCAAGGGAGUUGGAGCUUAAAGGAACGUGGUCUCUGAUCGGUGGAGAUAAGGCACCACUCCCAGGGGCAGACUCAGCUGAAGCUGUCAGCGAUGCAGUGUUCAAGAACGAUCAUGUAUUGGGGCGGAGCUGUGUGUGGUCGGUGGUAUUCUACCAGGGGGAUGAUAUUCAGAUCUCAACAGUACUGAUCAGGUGGUUUGAACCCUGGCACCAUGGAGGCAUGCAAAGGCAUCCUGCAUUCUCUGUGCGAUGGCUCUCAAGCAAACAUUCCAUACGUAGUCUAUCGCCCUCUAGCUGGCCGGUGAACCACCACGGUGCCCUGGUAGCCUCCUACAACAACUCCGGUAGCGUGCUUGCCAUAGCGCUCAACCAGCGGUCGCCCCACGAGGCCAAGAUGGCGUUUGUAUCGCCCUUGACAGCUGCGGCUACUGUCGUUGACAUGAAGUCCUGUGGAUGUAAAGCCAGGCACCCUCAUGCGGAUCAUGUGAAGACCUACUGGAUAUCAGACAUGACCUGGACGCACAACGACCUCUUCCUGGUGUGUAUCAACAAGCGUGGUGCCCUUGCCAUCUUGCCUCGUCUCAGUGAACCCAUACUCCUGCAGAGUGAGGGCUGCUCAGUGGAGCAUCCUCCAGCAUACUUCUUGCCAGUACUCAAUCUAAUCACCGUCUUGAAGCCAAGUUCUCUUGGUGGUGACCGUCCACCAUCCCCUACCAGCUCCCUCACAUCGGAAUCAGACGACGGACGACAGCGCUUCUCUGUCUCCUGCCAUUCUUCCAGUCCCAUGAUCCUUUGCUCUGACGGGUAUCUAGGGUUAGUCAUGGAGCUUCCUGCUGACCUGUCCUGCUCCAGCAUCCUGGGAGACUACCUGAGCGAGGGCGCUACAGCGCUUCACCUCAUGUACUCUGCGCGGGACCUCGGGCCUGUUGGGCUGGGGUCGUUACGGCGCGAGCCAGCAAGCCCCCACCUACAGUCGGCCCAGCAAAGGACGUUCUCUAACAUGAUAGACAUGCUGGCCACUGCCGACAGUGUUGGACUGGAGAGUACACGGAGCAGUGAGGUCGGGUACAACGGACCCUUCGGAAACAUGACCUCCGGGAAGAUGAUCUUUGAUGAUACCGCCAUGAUGGCGUCCACGCAAUCACUUGGGUUCCUCCCCAUGGGAAAUCAUAGCAUCGAGUCGUUGAUUCAAUGGACCCAGACGGCCGCUCUCAGUGCUUGGGGACUUGGCAUCAGCCAUGCAGGACCGUGGGAUAACCGCCUUGAAUACCUCAUGCAGUACACGAUCAGAGUCUUCAUGGCUUUAUUCUGGAUACUCCUUCGUGACGACGAAGACAUCAAGCUUCCAAAGCAGACGCGAAAGAGCGUAAGUGGGACUGAGGUUGGUGCAAUAGAUCAGAAACUCGGCAAGGUGCUAUCUCUUUACAAGGCCAUUCUGUCGUCUUCCUUAUGGGACUCCUUUGGGAGUCACUCCAUGUACUCUUAUCUUCGCUUGACCCGCUCCCUGGUCAAACAACUCCUCAAGGGUCAGGUGUGUGACCAAGCCAGUAUGACAAGGUGCUGUAUUGCGGUGCUACACACUUCUGAACAAGUUCUAUCCAGGGUCUACACCAGGAGGCCCGUAUCAGAACCUUCUUAUCAUCUUUCUCAGCUGAGCUUCCAUCCAUCCGAUACAGUAGAGCAUGCACUAGCCGGCCAAAGAAUGCACCAUCUUGCCAUCAUGCCCCCCUCCUCGCCCUCCUCCUCAUCCUCCACCAAAAAAAACCGUAAACAAGCAACUCGGUCUGAACGAUCCAGAUCAAGAGGAGAGGGCUCGGCGAACAGCCAACGAGGCAAAAGGAGAGAAACGAGGAGCGAAACAUCCUCGUUACCAUCUCCAAAGAGUGACCUGGCCCCAACCCAGGGACAGAGGGCGCCCUUGUCACAAGGUGGCGCAGUGAGCAGAAGGUAAGUGAUUUCCCGUGUGAGAGGUUUAUUUCCUCAGCUGUGUUUGCACAUGUCUGCAUUGCGAUCAUGUUGGCGCUCGCGCAAGGUAAUCCACUUCCUGCAUGCAUUAACGCUCGACUGAGUUCACACGUGGUCUCCAUUUACUUCUUCUAUUCUAGGAGGUUAAGUAUUUACCAAUAUGUUGUGUUGACAUGACAAAGGAAACACGUGUUGUAGAAGCUGUCUCGAAAGGAUACCUGUCUACAGUGGCCAGUCUUCCUAUUUCCAUUCUUCCUAUUUCCAUUGGCUGGCCUGUAUACAAAGGUUUCACUGUAUGCAUAUUCAUAGGCCACAAUUGUUUUGCAAACAUUAAUUAUAAAACAGCUGUGUCAUUUUCAUUACUACAGUAUGCCAAAUAUCCCUCAAUCAUCCACAUAGAAAGAAAUAAAAAUGUACAUACACCGAAGGUCAAUUGAAACAAUUCAUACCCAGCAUUUUUUCAAAAACAUAAUUUCAUGAGAAGCACACAAGAUAUCUCUGUGCACACACUCAGGGCUACCAAGGCUGUGACCAAGGGAGAAUGAUAUGCUAAGAAUAGAACCAAAAAAUGCUGGAGGCUAGAGAGUUUCCAACGGUGAUACUCCCUGCAUGCAAGCUCAAUUGUUGAUUGAUUGCAUUUAGUUCUAAUACCUGCAUGUAUUUGCUUUAAUCGUUAUAAUGAACCACCU